AUUUGGGAGGGUGACUUCCUUUAUAAAGAGAUCUCAUGGUUGUUCUCCAGACAAGUCAGAGGUUUUAUCUGAGGGUUCUUCUUCAGCCGCCACACCUGGAGCACAUCAGACAAGGCAAUCAUGGCGGAUGCUCAGAUGGCAGAGUUUGGAGCAGCGGCUUCUUACCUGCGGAAGUCAGAACGAGAGCGUUUGGAAGCACAAACUCGUCCAUUCGAUAUGAAAAAGGAGUGUUUUGUGCCUGAUCCAGAUGAAGAGUAUGUGAAAGCAUCAAUCGUCAGUCGUGAAGGUGACAAAGUCACUGUAGUGACUGAGAAAAGAAAGACUGUCACUGUAAUGGAAGCUGACAUUCAUCCCCAGAACCCACCAAAGUUUGAUAAAAUUGAAGACAUGGCAAUGUUCACCUUCCUUCAUGAGCCAGCCGUGCUGUUUAACCUCAAAGAGCGCUAUGCAGCAUGGAUGAUAUAUACCUACUCCGGGCUGUUCUGUGUCACUGUCAACCCUUACAAGUGGCUACCAGUGUACAAUAAGGAGGUGGUUAUAGCAUAUAGAGGGAAAAAGAGGAGUGAAGCUCCUCCCCACAUCUUUUCCAUCUCUGAUAAUGCCUACCAGUACAUGCUGACAGACAGGGAAAACCAGUCAAUUCUGAUCACCGGAGAAUCUGGAGCAGGAAAGACUGUAAACACGAAGAGAGUCAUUCAGUAUUUUGCAAGCAUUGCAGCUGGAGGCUCAGCAAAGAAAGAUGGGUCAGAAAAAAAGGGAACCCUGGAGGAUCAAAUCAUCCAGGCUAAUCCUGCUUUGGAAGCUUUUGGUAAUGCAAAGACCAUCAGAAAUGACAACUCCUCAAGAUUUGGAAAAUUUAUCCGAAUUCAUUUUGGUGCCAGUGGCAAGCUGGCCUCUGCUGACAUUGAGACAUAUCUUCUGGAGAAGUCAAGGGUGACAUUCCAGCUUAAAGCUGAAAGGGACUAUCACAUUUUCUACCAAAUCCUUUCUCAGAGGAAACCUGAGCUGCUGGAGAUGCUGCUCAUCACCAAUAACCCCUAUGACUACGCUUACAUCUCUCAAGGAGAAACAACUGUAGCCUCAAUUAAUGAUAGCGAAGAACUACUCGCCACUGAUGAAGCAUUUGAUGUGCUAGGCUUUACUCAGGAGGAGAAAAAUGGCAUCUAUAAACUGAUUGGAACCAUUAUGCAUUAUGGCAAUAUGAAGUUCAAACAAAAGCAGAGGGAGGAGCAAGCAGAAGCUGAUGGGACUGAAGAUGCAGACAAAGUUGCGUAUCUGAUGGGCCUCAACUCUGCUGACCUAAUCAAAGGUUUAUGCCAUCCAAGAGUGAAAGUAGGAAAUGAGUGGGUCACCAAAGGGCAAAAUGUCCAGCAGGUGUACUACACUAUUGGUGCACUGUCCAAGGCAGUGUAUGAAAAAAUGUUCCUUUGGAUGGUUGUAAGAAUCAAUCAGUCUCUGGACACUAAACAACCUCGUCAAUAUUUCAUUGGAGUACUGGAUAUUGCUGGUUUUGAGAUUUUUGAUUUCAACACCUUUGAGCAACUCUGCAUCAACUUUACCAAUGAGAAACUGCAACAGUUUUUCAACCACCACAUGUUUGUGCUGGAACAAGAGGAGUACAAGAAAGAAGGGAUUGAAUGGGAGUUCAUUGACUUUGGCAUGGACUUACAGGCCUGCAUUGAUCUCAUUGAGAAACCUAUGGGCAUCAUGUCCAUCCUUGAAGAGGAGUGCAUGUUUCCCAAAGCCAGUGAUGCAACCUUUAAAGCCAAGCUUUAUGACAACCACCUUGGGAAAUCAAACAACUUUCAGAAACCACGAGCAAUCAAAGGGAAGCCAGAGUCUCAUUUUUCUCUGAUUCACUAUGCUGGUACAGUUGACUAUAAUAUUAACAACUGGCUGGUGAAGAACAAAGACCCACUGAAUGAGACUGUUGUUGGACUCUUUCAAAAGUCCACACUCAAGCUCCUGUCAAUGCUCUUUGCUAAUUAUGCUGGGGCAGAGUCUGGUCAAGAGAAUGGUAAGGGAGGUAAAGGAGGUGGAAGUAAGAAGAAGGGCUCCUCGUUCCAAACUGUGUCUGCACUUCAUAGGGAAAACUUGAAUAAGUUAAUGACAAACCUAAGAUCAACUCACCCUCAUUUUGUGCGCUGCAUCAUACCUAAUGAGACAAAGAUUCCUGGAGCAAUGGAGAAUCCUUUGGUUAUGCACCAGCUACGUUGUAACGGUGUACUGGAGGGCAUCAGGAUUUGCAGGAAGGGCUUCCCCAAUAGAAUCCUCUAUGGCGAUUUCAAACAGAGGUACCGAAUCCUAAACCCUGCAGCCAUACCUGAAGGUCAAUUCAUAGAUAGCAGGAAAGGAGCUGAGAAACUCCUGAGUUCACUGGAUAUUGAUCACAAUCAAUAUAAAUUUGGACACACAAAGGUGUUCUUCAAGGCUGGUUUACUGGGUCAGUUGGAAGAAAUGAGAGAUGACAGACUAUCUCUAAUUAUUACUGGUAUUCAAGCUAGAUCCAGAGGACUCCUUGCAAGGAUUGAGUUUCAGAAGAUAGUUGAAAGAAGGGAUGCCCUACUAGUUAUCCAGUGGAAUGUCCGUGCCUUCAUGGGGGUGAAGAAUUGGCCCUGGAUGAAGCUAUUUUUCAAGAUCAAACCUCUACUAAAGUCGGCAGAAGCAGAAAAAGAGAUGGCAAAUAUGAAAGAUGAAUUUGCCAAGCUUAAAGAGGCUUACGCUAAAUCUGAAGCCCGAAGGAAAGAACUGGAAGAAAAAAUGGUAUCUCUUCUCCAAGAGAAGAAUGACCUACAACUUCAUGUCCAAGCGGAGCAAGACAAUCUCUGUGACGCAGAAGAGCGAUGUGACCAGCUCAUCAAAAACAAGAUCCAGCUUGAGGCAAAAGCCAAAGAGCUCACAGAGCGACUUGAGGAUGAGGAGGAGAUGAACGCAGAGCUGACAGCUAAGAAGAGAAAGCUGGAGGAUGAGUGCUCAGAGCUGAAGAAAGAUAUUGAUGAUCUGGUGCUGACUCUGGCUAAAGUGGAGAAAGAGAAGCAUGCGACAGAGAACAAGGUGAAGAACCUAACAGAGGAAAUGGCAGCUUUGGAUGACAUCAUUGUAAAGCUUACCAAGGAGAGAAAGGCCUUGCAGGAAGCUCAUCAGCAGACACUGGAUGACCUGCAAAGUGAGGAGGACAAAGUCAACAUCCUCACCAAGGCAAAAGCAAAGCUAGAGCAACAAGUGGAUGAUUUGGAAGGAUCUCUUGAGCAAGAAAAAAAGAUCCGUAUGGAUCUAGAAAGAGCCAAGAGGAAACUAGAAGGAGACUUGAAGUUAACCCAGGAAAGCUUAAUGGACCUGGAGAAUGACAAACAGCAGUUAGAGGAGCAUCUAAAAAAGAAAGAUUUUGAGAUCAGUCAGCUCAAUGGGAAAAUCGAGGAUGAACAAACUAUUUGUAUUCAGCUACAGAAAAAACUGAAGGAACUUCAGGCACGUAUUGAGGAGCUGGAGGAGGAGCUUGAGGCAGAAAGAGCUGCCAGAGCCAAGGUGGAGAAACAAAGAGCAGAUUUAGCCAGAGAGCUGGAGGAGAUCAGUGAGAGACUGGAGGAAGCUGGAGGAGCUACAGCUGCUCAGAUUGAGAUGAACAAGAAACGGGAAACUGAGUUUCAGAAACUUCGCAGAGACCUUGAAGAGGCCACUCUACAACACGAGACCACUUCCGCCACACUGAGGAAGAAACAAGCUGACAGUGUGGCAGAUUUGGGAGAGCAAAUAGACAAUCUUCAAAGAGUCAAGCAAAAACUGGAAAAGGAAAAAAGUGAACUCAGACUCGAGCUGGAUGAUGUGGUCUCAAACAUGGAACAUGUUGUUAAGACGAAGGCAAAUCUUGAGAAGACCUGCAGGUCUUUGGAAGAUCAAAUGAAUGAAUACAGAACAAAAUAUGAGGAGGGCCAGCGUUGUAUCAAUGACUUCACAAUACAAAAAUCUAAACUACAAUCUGAAAAUGGUGAACUUUCAAGACAGCUGGAGGAGAAGGACUCUCUUGUCUCCCAGCUAACUAGAAGCAAGAUGUCUUAUACUCAGCAAACUGAAGAUCUUAAAAGGCAGUUGGAGGAGGAAACUAAGGCGCGGAAUGAGGCCCUCAGAAUAAAAAAGAAGAUGGAAGGGGAUCUAAAUGAGAUGGAGAUACAGCUUAGUCAGGCAAAUCGACAAGCAGCAGAGGCUCAAAAACAACUCAAGAGUGUCCAAGCACAUCUGAAAGAUGCUCAGCUACAGUUGGAUGACUCUCUGAGAACAAAUGAUGAUCUCAAGGAGAACAUUGCGAUUGUAGAGAGACGCAACAACCUUCUGCAGGCUGAACUAGAGGAGCUGAGAGCAGCUCUUGAGCAAACUGAGAGAGGCCGCAAGCUUGCAGAGCAAGAGCUGCUGGAUAUCAGUGAAAGAGUUCAGCUACUGCACUCUCAGAAUACAAGCCUCUUGAAUCAGAAGAAGAAGCUUGAGACUGACAUAUCCCAGCUUCAGACAGAAGUGGAAGAGGCAGUGCAAGAAUGUAGGAAUGCUGAAGAAAAAGCCAAGAAGGCCAUAACUGAUGCUGCCAUGAUGGCUGAGGAGUUGAAGAAGGAGCAGGACACAAGUGCUCACCUGGAGCGUAUGAAGAAGAACAUGGAGCAGACCAUUAAGGACCUGCAGCACCGCCUAGAUGAAGCAGAACAAAUUGCUAUGAAGGGAGGCAAAAAACAAGUCCAGAAACUAGAAGCUCGGGUGAGGGAUCUGGAGAAUGAAGUAGAAUCAGAGCAGAAGAAGAGCAGCGAGGCAGUAAAAGGAAUUCGCAAAUAUGAGAGACGUAUUAAAGAACUGACCUACCAGACUGAGGAGGACCGCAAGAAUCUGGCUCGACUGCAAGAUCUUGUUGAUAAGCUUCAGCUAAAGGUCAAGGCUUACAAGAGGGCUGCAGAGGAAGCUGAGGAACAAGCCAACACACAUAACAGCAAAUUACGGAAAAUCCAGCAUGAACUUGAUGAAGCAGAAGAAAGAGCUGACAUUGCAGAGUCACAAGUCAACAAACUGCGUGCCAAAAGUCGUGAUGUCGGUUCUAAGAAGGGACAUGAUGAAGAGUAAAGCUCAAACGGACCUUCUUCGUGUCUCCUAUUUGUUGUAUUAGUUAUCCACUUGGCUCUUUUUCAGCCACACAGUAGAAUAAAGUUUAAUUGCAUUCAGUCUGUGCUGUGAUUGAGUUAUCAUGCGUUAAAAUUAUUAACAUUACUUUGUGGGGAAAAUUAUUGCAGUGUUCAGGGUGUAACCUUUUAUCUUAAAUACAAAAUAAAUCAUUAAAUGGCUAUUAUUUAUUAUAUUUUUGAAUUAUACCUCAGGGGGUCAAUUUAGGUUAUCUAUCAAAACCACUGCUCUAAAACUCAAGGAUAUACAUGGAAGUGCUUUUUCUCAAAUUAAUUAUUGUCUUCAUAUUCAUUAUAAACUAGCCAGGGUAAAACUAUUUCUAUAUCAAUGUGUUAACAUGGAUUUCAGUAGAUCAUAAUAGAUGGAAGACAUGGAAAUCCAUAUUAGAAAUCCACUUAAAGGAUUAACAGUACCUUCAUUUGCUCUUUCCAUCCACUCUCUCCAAAAAUAUAAUGUUUAAAAUGUAUCCUUACUUUGCUGUGACCUAAAAUCUUGAAGUUUGUCGACAAGGCUGUCUUCACAUGUAAGUCAUCGUCUUCACACCUAGUCACUGUAAUUAUAGCAUUGAGACACCGAGCUCAGCAGCUUAUCAAGUGACUUUGUGUAAAUCCUAUUGCAAUUGUAUCUCUUUCUGUUACAUCCGAAGUACUGAGGAAAGAUCAAGAUUUACGGAAAAGUUCGUCCUCGCUUUAAUUCAAUUAUGAAUUAAUACAGUACAUUUCAUAAAGGGAUACACUGAAGAAGACAUGACGAUUUUAUCUUUGACAAAAUUAGCUAUUUUGUAUGGGAUUACCUUU